UGGCGCCGCGGAUGAAUUCGGGGUUCGGUUGGACGCGCCUGAAGCGCGGGGGGUUUGAGGGGCCGCCGCUCCGGCCCGGCUCCAUGGCCUCCGCGCUGGAGGACCCCGUCUUGAUCCGGCCUUUCCGAGGCCACAGAGCGGCGGUGACCGGCGUCGCCUUCAACGCGGAGGCCGCGGGGCUGGCUACCUCCUCUUUGGAUAGGUUUCUCAUGGUGUGGAAGCUGAAGACACAAUGCAGAGCUUAUAAAUUUGUAGGCCACGCGGAAGCGGUGACCAGCGUACAGUUCUCACCAGACGGGCAGCUGCUUGCUUCAGCUUCUCAAGAUCGUACUGUCAGACUGUGGAUCCCUUGCAUUCAUGGAGAAUCAUCGGUACUGAAAGGUCAUACAGCAUCUGUUCGUAGCGUGAGCUUCUCGCAUGACGGCCACUUUCUAGUUUCAGCAUCCAAUGAUAAAUCAAUAAAAAUAUGGAGUGUUCACCAUCAGCGCCUUCUGUUUUCCCUAUUCCAACACACUCAUUGGGUUCGCUGUGCCAAAUUUUCACCUGAUGGAAGACUAAUAGCAUCUUGCAGUGAGGAUAAAUCUGUUAAGAUCUGGGAUACGAGAAAUAAAACUUGUAUUGAUAGCUUCUUAGAUUAUGGAGGAUUUUCAAAUUUUGUGGAUUUCAACCCAAGUGGUACGUGUAUAGCUUCUGCAGGUUCUAAUCAUACAGUGAAACUGUGGGAUAUUCGAAUGAACAAGCUACUGCAGCAUUACAAAGUUCACAGAGCAGGGGUUAAUUGUGUAUCAUUCCAUCCUUCUGGUAACUAUCUCAUCACUGCUUCUACUGAUGGUACCCUUAAGAUUUUGGACCUCUUAGAAGGAAGACUUAUUUACACUCUUCAUGGACACAAGGGACCUGUACUUUCUGUGGCUUUUUCAAAAGGUGGUGAAAAAUUUGCCUCAGGUGGAGCAGAUGCUCAGGUAUUACUAUGGAAAACCAACUUUGAUUCAUUUGAUUAUAAAGAAGUUCUUAAACACCAUAUUAGGAGAACACAUAUUGAUGAUCCUCCUCAUCUUCUUGAUAUUUACCCGAGGUCACCUCAUCUCCAUGAUGAAAAGCCUCAGUCAGUCGAGGUCAACCCUACCUUUGAUGUGACUAAUACGCAAACACCUGACCCACCUGUCAUAGAGAUUAGUUCAUCUUUCAGUACUGCCGAUGAUGUGGGCAGCGAAGGUCUGCAGUAUCCCCCUGCUUCAGUCUUGGCAACAAGUUCAAAAAGGCAGUCGGAGAAUGGGAGCGAAUCAGCUGUGCAUAAUGGGGACACGCAAACAGGCAUCUCCCCCUCCCUGGGUAAUGCUUUGGAGCACAUUGUGGGGCAGCUGGAUGUUUUAACUCUAACUAUUUCAAUCCUGGAACAACGUCUGACUUUGACUGAAGAUAAAUUGAAAGAAUGCUUAGAAAAUCAGCAAAAAAUGUUACUUCAGGGAAGACAGGAAGAAUAAAAGAUGAAAACGAACUGUAUUGAUGAAUGAAUGUUUCAUAUAUUCACAAGGAAAUAAUAAAUGUUACUUCAUUGGAUUUUGCUAUAAGCAAAAAAAUCCUUCUUUUCUAACAAGUCAAUGUAAUAAAAACUGAAGAAAAAAAAAUACAACACUUUUUAAACAUUAGUAGCCAGCAGAUAUUCUGAUUGUAUAUUGAAUAAAGUAUAGCCCAGCCAAAACUAAUAUUUUAUAAAAUAAUUCCCAUUGAACAUUACAGGACUCUUAUUUCAAACUAAGAUGAUCUUUGAAUACAACUAAGCAACAAACUAUGUAUUUUUAUAUGAAUAGCAGUUAUUAUGGAAGUGCACCAUACAGGUUUUUUAAGUCAGGUAAGGAUUGUGAAAAAAUGCUCUUUGUGUGAAGGUAAUGUUACUCAAGCGUGUAAAUUAAAUAAGACCUAAUUAGCUCUAACUCCAAAAAUGCUAGAGGUUUUCUUUGUCCCUUACAUACUCCCAAAUAUUUUAUCAAAAAGUAGCGACAGUUACUCCAUAUCUUCUAAACAUUUUAGUGAUGAUUGUAAGGUGUAGUUUAAAAACUUUUAGUUACAAAUAUGAAAAUGAAAUCAUUUAAGCUUUGAAACUAUAAUUGUAUCUGUGUGAAUUGAGCUGCAAGACUGAUGCAGUCAAGCACUUCUGCUUAUCUCAUCCCCAUCAAAAUUCAUUUUUUACCUUUAGAAAAAUAAAAAUCAGCUUUGUACUUCUGAAGAAUAUAUUUGAACCAAACACAAAAUGAUGUGAAAUCUAUAUCAUAAAUACAGAGGUUUCUCAUCCUCCAAGGACUUCCACAGGUGCUCAAGUUUUGCAUGCUAUGAAUGUCCCCCAUCAGUUAACGUGUUAUGAAUGAAGCCAUAAAUCAGGAAAGACUUUGCAAUGUAUGAAGAUUUUGUUUGGUUUUUUUUUUUUAUAAAAAUGCAAUUUUUAGAAAGAUGAUUGUAGGUCUUGUUUUUUAAUAAAAAUAUGCUUUUAGUAGAAUCUGUGCUUCUUUAUGGCUACCUAUUAUUUUUUUAAAUGGCAAUUGUAGAACACCUGUUGUAAAUCCACAAUCAAGACUAGGUAGUCAUCCAUUUCUGCAACUUCACAUUUUGUAUGUUGAAAUAUAGGACACUUGAAAUGGGGGGAGCAUUUUAAUCCAAUUCAGCAACUGACUGUAUAUAGAUAAAGCCCAUUUCCCAGGCCGAACCUCAUUAACAUCAAUAGAGCAGCUUAAGUACAGAAGUUCACUGUGUAAAUACUGUUGCGGUUCGAGCCAAAGCAAUGAGCAGUCAAUUUUUCUUUUAUAACUUUUCAUUUUCUCUCAUAGUAAUCACCUUCAGAUAGCCAGACAUGACCUCACUUGCUUGGUAGACUGAAUUUUACCAACAAGUACUACGUAUUUUCAGCUCAGUCUUAAGUAGUACUGUUUAUCGUGAAAAAGCAGUCUCUUCUUAUAAAAAAUUUUAGAUGCAACUUUCUAUGCAGCAUCUUAACCACAGAUUUUUUGUGAAAGGAUGGUCUUACCUAUUCAAGUGUAAACAGCCUGACCUUUGAUUAUGCAAUUGUUUAUAAUGCUAUAUAAUGCAUAGUUAUGUAAAUACUGUCUUUUAGGUCAGAUGUACUUUGCUUUAUGCAUUUGCAAAUACUCUUGUGGUCUUUGCCUUUUCUUGGCUCCAUUAGAAGACACAAAACCAUGUAACUAUUGAAAACCUUUGCUUGUUUCUUGUUUUCUCUGAGUGGACUACAUAUAUAUAUAUAUGUUUUAAAUCUGUAGAUUUUUUUUUUUAUAAGCUUUUCAGGAUUAUUUAUCAAAAAGAUUUGGAAAUGUCUCUUACUUCUGUAUUUUUUAAUACAAUCUCUGUUGAAGUUUUCCUUUCUGCCUUAUUUCCUAGCACUAAUCCUUCUUCCUUUUCAGUACCUAUUAUCUGGAGCAUUUACUACUUAACCCAGUUUAUUCCUCUGCCGUUUGUGAAUCUGGCGAACUAACAUAACAUUUCCAAAUUAAGAUAUGUUCUUGUCAUUCUAUCAGGUGGUCUGUUGAUACUGAAACUCAACACGCAUGUCUGUAUAACUAGAGAUGGUCGUUUGAGAACAGGAUGGAGGUAUUUUCCUCAAGCUGUGAUGGCUCUCCUAAAACAGAACCACAACCAGCUAACAUGAUGUUUCUUUUAAAGGAACAUUGAUGUGAGCUAGUUAUCUCAUUCUCUUGAUCCAUAUCACUUCAAAUAAAGCUAUAGAAUAGAAAAACUUCCUUUAAAAGCACCUGAAGAGGCUGGUUACACUCACAAGCAUUUACUCCAGGGUCUGUGCUCUAGCAAAUAACUGGUGACUUGAUUAAUUUGAAUUAACUUAUAGAGCUAGAGGAAAAUGACUGCUGUUUAGCCUUGUGCUUCUGCACCAUGUGAAAAAAUAAUUGCACAGGUCUUUAAAUGAUUAUGGAGAGUGUAUCUGUAUUGCAGACUGCAGUGAAGUGCUGAGAAUCCAUACUUGUUCUAAACCACGUACCUGGUGCAGUCCAGCUUUCCUCAAGCUAAGUUAUCCCUCGGAUAGUAAACGUAAAUAGGCCACCCUGUUGGAGAAAGACUGCAAAAAAUUUUAACUGCAAAAAUGGCACAAUUACUUAUUGAAAAAAAUAACACCAAUGUCUGAAUGACGUGCGGUAGAUUCCCAAGGUUUGCGAGGGAGAGAGAGAAGGUGGCAGCAGGAAUAACCUCUCCUGAUGGCGUCGCUGGAAGACUGUCUCUGGAGGAACCCAACUUCAAAUUCCUGAAGCGCCAAAGCAUUAUGCAGUAGCUCAGCAACUCAUCGUACGUGCUUCUGCAGACAUUUUGAAACAAAAACGCUCUUCCAAAUUGAAAGAAAUGCUGCCGGUUACUACUGUGUCUUAAAUUUUAUUUGUAAUUCCCAUCAAAGUUUAGUGGAAUUUUAAUGGAACUUUUAUCUUGGGCAUUACAUAAAGCAUGAUGUUGAGGCAAUAAAGGGAUUUUUCUCGGUUUUUCA